CCCGCGCCCCGCCGCCGCCGCCGCCGCCGCCGCCGCCGCCGCCGCCCGGCCCCGCCCGCCGCCGCCAUGGCCGGUAAGUCCCGCAGCGGCUGCGAGGCGCUGAAGGUGGUGGCCCGCUGCCGCCCCAUGAGCAGGAAAGAGGAGGCGGCGGGCUACGAGCGCGUCCUGGAGCUGGACGUGAAGCUGGGGCAGGUGAGCAUCCGAAACCCCCGCGCCGCCCCCGGCGAGCUGCCCAAGACCUUCACCUUCGACGCCGUCUACGACGCCAGCUCCAAGCAAGCGGAUCUCUACGACGAGACGGUCCGGCCGCUGAUCGACUCCGUGCUGCAGGGCUUCAACGGCACCAUCUUCGCCUACGGCCAGACCGGCACCGGCAAGACCUACACCAUGCAGGGGGCCUGGGCGGAGCCGGAGAAGCGGGGCAUCAUCCCCAUCUCCUUCGAGCACAUCUUCACCCACAUCUCCCGCUCGCAGAACCAGCAGUACCUGGUGAGGGCCUCGUACCUGGAGAUCUACCAGGAGGAGAUCAGGGACCUCCUCGCCAAGGACCAGAGCAAGAAGCUGGAGCUGAAGGAGAACCCCGAGACGGGGGUGUACAUCAAGGACCUCUCCUCCUUCGUGACCAAGAACGUCAAGGAGAUCGAGCACGUGAUGAACCUGGGGAGCCAGACGCGGUCCGUGGGCAGCACCAACAUGAACGAGCACAGCUCCCGCUCCCACGCCAUCUUCCUCAUCACCAUCGAGUGCAGCGAGACGGGGCCGGACGGCGAGGAGCACAUCCGCGUGGGCAAGCUCAACCUGGUGGACCUGGCCGGCAGCGAGCGCCAGAGCAAAAUGGGGGCCCAUGGCGAGCGCCCCAAGGAAGCGUCCAAGAUCAACCUCUCCCUCUCCGCCCUGGGCAACGUCAUCUCCGCCCUUGUGGACGGCAAGAGCACGCAUAUCCCCUACCGGGACUCCAAGCUGACCCGCCUGCUGCAGGACUCCCUCGGGGGCAACGCCAAGACGAUCAUGGUGGCCACCUUGGGCCCGGCCUCCCACAGCUACGACGAGAGCCUCUCCACCCUCAGGUUCGCCAACAGGGCCAAGAACAUCAAGAACAAGCCCCGGGUGAACGAGGACCCCAAGGACACCUUGCUGCGGGAGUUCCAGGAGGAGAUUGUCCGGCUGAAAGCCCAGCUGGAGAAACGCGGCAUGCUGGGGAAGAAGAGGAGAAGGAGCAGCCGGAGGAAGAAAGCCGUGGACGGAGAAAGUGCCACGGAGAACGAAGGGGAGGACGACAAUGAGGACGGCCUGGAGAAGAACAUGGAGAAUUACUUGAAGGAGCAGAAGGAGAGGCUGGAAGAGGAGAAAGCUGCUAUUCAGGAUGACCACAGCCUGGUGAGCGAGGAGAAGCAGAAGCUGCUGCAGGAGAAGGAGAAGAUGAUAGAGGAUCUGCGGAAGGAGCAGGAGGCCACGGAGCUGCUGGCCACCAAGUACAAGGCGAUGGAGAGCAAGCUGCUCAUCGGCGGCAGGACCAUCGUGGACCACACCAACGAGCAGCAGAAGAUGCUGGAGCUGAAGCGGCAGGAGAUAGCCGAGCAGAAACGCCGGGAGCGGGAGAUGCAGCAGGAGAUGUUGCUGCGGGACGAGGAGACCAUGGAGCUGCGGGAGACUUACACCUCCCUGCAGCAGGAGGUGGAGAUCAAAACCAAGAAGCUGAAGAAGCUGUACGCCAAGCUGCAGGCCGUGAAGGCGGAGAUCCAGGACCAGCACGACGAGUACAUCCGCGUGCGCCAGGACCUGGAGGAGGCGCAGAACGAGCAGACGCGGGAGCUGAAGCUCAAGUACUUGAUCAUCGAGAACUUCAUCCCACCAGAAGAGAAGAACAAGAUCAUGAACCGGCUGUACUUCGAUGGCGAGGAGGACCAGUGGAAGUUCCAGCCGCUGGUGCCCACCGGAGGAAACAGCAGCCAAAUGAAGAAGCGGCCUACCUCUGCGGUGGGGUACAAGAGACCCAUCAGCCAGUACGCCCGCGUGGCCAUGGCCAUGGGGUCUCAUCCUCGGUACCGGGCUGAGAACAUCAUGUUCUUGGAGCUGGACCUCUCCCCUCCGGCCAUCUUCGAGUUUGAGCGGAGCAGGGACCUGGCAGAGCAGGACCCUCGGGCUCUGCACCUGGAGAGGCUGAUGCACCUGGACAGCCUCCUGGAGAGGCCGGCAGCCUCCCGGGUGAGGAAGUCCCGCUCCUGGUGCCAGACGCCGCGGUCGCUGCCGUCCUCCACAACGCAUGUGUCCCUCACCUCCAGCUCCCCGCGCGCCGCCACGAUGCCAGCUCAGGAGUGAUGUCCUGGACCCCCUCGUCCCCCGCACCGCCUCGCAGCGAGGACUGUGCCCUGCCGACGGCCGAGGAAGGAGCCCCAGCCGGCAGCACCUCCACUGGUCCCAGUUCGUCUUUGUCUUCAGCUACUUUGUGUGCGCGUGUUUGUGUGGGACGCUCACGAACAGCCCCCGGGGCGAGGGGAGCUGCCCCCUCCUUCCUUCUGUCCCCCCUCCCCAUCUGGAUCUGUCACUUUAUUUAUUUAACGUAUUUAUUUAUGGAGUGGUUGACGCACGGAGUCAGGAGGCGCGUUCGGACUGGAGGACACCCAAGGCUGGCAGUGGGCACCACGCCGACCGCUGCUGGGGUACGCUGAGCUCCCACCCCUCCCCACGCCGCCGCCGCAGCCCCCGCGCAGGGCUGGGGCAGGGGGGCACCGCCGGGGCGGGCAUCACCGGCGUCCUGCUCCCCUCCCUGCUCCACGGAGCAGGCGGGAGAGGGCACGUGCCCCACUCUGGUGGCAUCGGCAGAAGGUGAGGCAGCCCCGGACUCUGGUGCUGGGUUUGCUUUGCUGGAUCCCAGGGAAUUUGGUGAUUUCUACAAGGAUUUGGAGACUUCGUGGUGGCAGCACCUCGCACUGGGCUUGUCAGAGGCCCGGAGGGACUCUCCAGCCUGCAUCAACACUGGUGGCAGCAAGGACAUCUCAUUGACUUCUGGGCAUGGCUGUCACUUCAGGAACGCCAGCUCCAGCCACAGACAGGGCUUGCAGAUUAACCAAACCAAGUCAGUCCCGGUGGUGCCGGGACUUUGUCCUCCUGUGCCACGCUCUGCGACGGCUGGCCCUGUCCUCUUCGGUUGCCUGACACCCAGCUUGCUCCCAUCCCUGCGCAAGUGGGCGACCAACUCCUUACAGCAAGAACAGGAGAUGGAAAUCUCCAUCCCCCUCCAAAGACACAGGCUGGGGGGAAGUGCUGCCUGGGUGGCACCAGAGCACCCACCGUCCUGGCAACUAAAGGCAGUGAAGAAAUGCAGGACGAGAUGGUGAUGCCUGGAGGAGCGAUGCCAACAUCGCUCUCCUCCGGGCUGGGUGACACCGUGUGGACGUCACCUCGCACAUGGGAGAAAUUUCCUGGGGGUUGUGUGGGUCAUGGAGGGGUGGACGUGAAACGGGUAAUGGAUACGAGGGGGCGAGCCUUGAGGCCACUCUGGCGAUCUGGAACCCGUCCCAGGCAGCAGCACACGUAGGUGCCGGGACAUCGCUCGGUGUUCCUGAGCGACUUGGCUUUCAGCAAGUCAGUCAAGGGGAGGUGGGUCCUUGCUGAGGAUCCUCCUGGCAGAGCCAGGCCAGCGGCUGUGGUCUCCCUGGGGUGGCUUCCAGAUGCGCGGAGGUGGGGGAGAUCCGGUUGUUUGACGAGAUCCUAACGAACGAGGGAGCGACCCCUGGUUCACGUGGGAGGAUUCGGGUCUUCAAAUGGGCGUGCGCCGAGGCCAGGCCCUGGGAAGGCAGGACUGAGAAGGCUGCAGGUAGGGACUGACUUCUGGCGAUGAAGAGAGUUUCUUCUGCUGGAGGACUGCUCACCUCGAUGACUCCUGCACCCAGGACCGGGGUGAGGGAGGGAGAGGGAACGAGGCGCAGACAUGGAGCAGAAACAUCAGCAAACUUCAGAGCAGAGCACGUCCCACCAACACGCUGCUUGUGGCCAGGCUGGGGCAUCCACAGAGCUUCCCACCCACCUCCUGACACAUCCCCUGCUCGGGGUGGCUUCUCCCCAUCCCCUGUAACAUUGUCUUGCCUCGUGUUCUUGAUCGUUGCCCUCUGCCACCAUCUUCUCUUCCCCACCUGUGCCCCAUAACACCUUCUGCCUCUCUGAAAUCGUUGCCCCCUUCUCCCCCACCCCAGCGGCUGGCUCGUAGGCGGUUUUGGAAGCUGUAGGUCGCUCCCAGGACUGAGCUCGCCCCCUUCGAGCAGCAGCCGGGUCUGGUCUGUGCUCAGCCUGGGGAGGAGGGUGCAGGAGGAAGGGCAUUUCAGGAGUGAGAGCUGGCUUGGGGUGAGGGCCGAGUGCCCGCGGGUCCCACCAGCAGCCAGGAGCUGGUCCGUGUGCAUCCCCCAGAGCAAGCUGGCCCUGGCCCCGUGGAACAGGGCGGAUGAGAGACCCGGUUCUUUAUUUAGUUUUCCAGAUGGCAUCUGGGAGUCAGGGUCAGGCAGCACAGGCCUCAGAAAGGGGAGAAGCUGUCUGCAGGGCGGCCUGCAGGAAUAUGUUUUCCUCCCUUCCUUGUUUUCUAAUUGCCCCAAGUUCCUCUUCAGCCGGAUCAGCAGCUCGUGGAGCCCUGAGGCGGUGAACCAGCCUUUCCCCUCCCUUCACUACCCAGCUCAAGAGCUGAUGGUGCCCCCUCAUUCCCCCCAGCUUGCCCCCGGCCACGGAGCAUCACGUUGAAGGGCGGAUUUGUGCCUCACCGGUCUCCCAUGGCACACGCUGAACCUCAUCCGUGUCACGGCGAAGGACAGGUCCAGGUCCGGCGGGAUCCGCGUGGAAGCCCCUCCAGCAAAGCACAGCACAGGCGUACCAGCACCCGGUGCUGGGGACGGGUGGAGCCGCUUUCGACAUCCAAGUGCCGCUCGUAUCGCAUCUGUCGUGCGCGUGGGCCCGGGGCAGUCUCCCGAGGACUCGCCCCGUCUCUCUCCACCGCUGCCGACGACCUCCCAACCUCCUUAGCACAAACCCCGAGGAAGGUUGUAAGCAGAUGCUGGUGAUUUGAGCUGGGGCCGGGCGAGCUUGCGGCGGCUUUUUCCCCUCUGCCUCGGGUGCCUCCGCAGCCUCUCUGCAUCGCUGCAGCAACCUCGGAUGUAUAUUUGUAAUGUUCUUUGGUCUUUGUAUGUUGGUGCGUGUGUAUUUACAUAUGAGCGUGUGUAGGUGUGCGUGGGCGCGCGCGCGCGUGUAGCCAAGGGAUCUAUUUACCGUCAAUGUGAGUGACUGUACAGGGGGCACCUCCCAGAGGGGGUACGGGGCUGGGCUGGGGCGCUUUUUCUGUUGUUUAAUUGUUUAGUUAUUUUGGGUUUCAGGUUUGGACAUGGUUUUUUUUUUUGCGAGGGGGUGGGUUUGGGUCUGUUUCGGAUCGAUUAACAAGGUGAGGGCCUUGAUUAGGACCAAAUUUUUGUGCCUGUUGCUCUGGUGAUUUAUUUAGAAAUCAAAAGUUUACUGUAUGGUGGCCCAUCCUUGUCACUCUAUACAUAUGAAUAUACAGGACAUAUUAUAAAUAUAUAUAUAUUAUACAUACUG